AUGGUUAACAUUGUUGAUGCUUUAAGGCUGGGCCAAGCAGGGUUGCGUAUAUUGUAUAUCAUCAUGAAGUUCAAAGAAGGUGAUAGAGUAGAGGUCUUGAGAAGAAAAGAGGAGCAGUAUGAUUCUUGGUUCCCUGCUAAAAUUUCAUUUGUGCACAGUUCAACAUAUACGGUUAGAUACGAGCUAUUUCUGACUUCCGAUAAGAGGUCUGUGGUGGAAACAGUGCAUGAGGAAGAUGUCAGGCCUUGCCCAUCGCUACCGAGUGGCAAAAAGUGGUGGACUGCUGGUGACAUCACGGAGGUCCUUGAUCUUUGCUCUUGGAGAGCUGGGAAGGUUGUGAAAGUCCUAAAAAAUGACCGAGUUGUGAUCAAACUCUUUGGCUCCAUCCAGCUUAAAGAACACCCUGUGUCUGAUCUAAGAGUUCCACAGGCGUGGCAAAACAACCGAUGGAUUAUGAUUGAUCAGGGAAGUGGAGGAAAGCACUCUAGCUCCAAUAAUGCAAGAAAAUUGGAUUAUGCAACAAGUCAAGGCAUUGGGAAGCAAACUUCGAUUGGACGUACAUCAAAGCAAAAGCAUGUUGUCUGCAGUUCUCCUAUUAAAACUAUGAAGCCAAAACUCAGAUCCUACUGUGGCUUUUCGCCAGUUGAUUUGGUUAAAGGAAUGGACAGGAAAGGGAAAUUCAUCCAAAACAGAUCUCAUAAGUUAGCUAGAGAAGCACUACCUCGAAGGAUGGACACUAUUUCUUUUUCAAAAAAUUUGGACAGUCAGAAUUUCCUGCAUAAGUCCAGUAAAGAAAGAGUAGGUGGGUCUCCUUGGAUAAAUGCUGAUAAGUGGCAUACAAAUAAUCAUGUCCUGAUUCCAUCUUCAACACCUUUGCCAGUCUCUGAAGAUAACAAUGAUUGCUCUGUUGCUAGUUGCAGUGGUAAUGCUUAUCCAGGGUAUACAUAUCAAAGUCUCAGAAAACACUCCAAGGAUACUGCAUUUAAUAGUUUGGUUGAUGAGUGUCAAAGCAAAACUGGAGAUGAAUUGGCUGCUAAUGUCCAUGAAUUAGAGCUACAUGCAUACCAUUCUACUGUGGAAGCGUUUCAUGCCUCUGGUCCUUUAAGUUGGGAGCAGGAGUCACUUCUAACAAAUCUUCGUCUCUCUCUUAAUAUUUCUAAUGAAGAGCAUUUACAUCACUUGAGGCAUCUGUUAUCUGCUUAA